ACCAGGACCUUCUGAGCCACGAGGCCACCAAGGUCACCGAGGUCACUGCGGCCACCCAAGGACACCGGGACCUCCUGAGUGACAAGGCCACCACCACGGUCACUUUGGCCACUGUGGUUGCUGUGGUCACUUUGGCCACCACGAGCACUGGGGUCACCAAGGCCACCAGGACCCCCUGAGCCACAAGGCCACCACCAAGGCCACCACUGUCACUGUGGUCACUUUGGCCACCGUGGUUAUUGGGCCACUGGAGUCACCACUGUCACCAUGGCCAUUGUGGCCACUGUGACCACUGAGGCCACCAUGGCCACCAAGGCCACCACGGCCACCAUGGCCACCAAAGCCAUGAAGGCCACUGUAGCCACCAUGGCCACCAAGGCCACCGUGAUCACCAUGGCCACUGUGGCCACCAAGGUCACCAAGGUCACCAUGGCCACCAAAGCCAUCAAGGACACUGUAGCCACCAUGGCCACCAAGGCCACCGUGGUCACUAUGGCCACCAAGGUCACCAAGGCCACCAUGGCCACUGUAGCCACCAUGGUCACUGUGGCCACCAAGGCCACCAAGACCACCCUGGCCACCAAGGCCAUCAUGGCCACCAUGGCCACUGUAGCCACCAUGGCCACAACAGUCACCAUGGUCACUGUGGCCACCAAGGCCACCAAGGCCAUCAUGGCCACCAUGGCCACUGUAGCCACCAAGGCUACCAAGGCUACCACAACCAUCAAGGCCACCAAGGCCACUAUGACCACCAUGGCCACUGUAGCCACUGUGGCCACCAAGGCCACCAUGGUCACCAAGGUCACCAAGGCCACCAAAGCCACCAAGUCUACUAAGGCCACCAAGGCCACCAUGGCCACCAAAGCCACCGUGGCCACCGUGGCCAGGACAAGGGGACAGAGCCAUGGUUGCCACCAGGAGCAGGGACAGGACCGGGGGACAGGGCAGGGGACAGGACAGGACAGGGGGUGGUGGCCGCGGUUCUUCGCUUUUGGGGAUUUUUUACGUCCCUUUCCCGAUAAUUUUAAUUCUUCCGGAUAAUUAAACUGGAUUUGCCUCAAUCAAAAAA